CUGAGAGAGCAGCUUUACCUGAAGAAGGUGUGCCAGGCGGACAGCAGGAUGAACUUUUCUUUACUCUGAUCCACUUCAGGGAUUUCAAUUCAUGCUCCUAAGAUCAUGGAGCCCGUAGCGUCAUGGAGUACAGAGAGAGUCACCGAGUGGCUCAAAGGUCUGGAUGCUCCUCUACAGCAGUACCCAUUCUCUGAAUGGCAGCUCUCCGGCUCAGAUCUGCUCCAGCUUUCUUCCUCCAGGCUGGAGAAUAUUGGAGUUCACAAAAUUGGACAUCAAGAGCUUAUAUUGGAGGCUGUGGAAAAACUCUGUGCUUUGACCUACAGUGUUGGGGGUGACAGUCUGCGAAGUUUGACGGAGAAGCUUCGUGCAGUGGCACAUACUCUGCAGAUGAGCAUACAGGGUCGCUGGCGUGUCAAUAGCAAUGAUGCUCAGAGCGCCACCAAUCUGCCACAACAGGUACUGCAGGCGGUGGUGGACGUCAUUAUAGCAUCCAAUGGACUUGUGUCUGUGCUCAACAGGUAUCAGUUUGAACAGCAGACUGGAUACACAGCAAAUGUGAAAGUCGCCGCUCUGUGCAAAGAUCUGGACACCAAUGUGCAUAAAGAAACCGCUGUGUUUGAAAAGGAGAAGGACAUCAUAUCCAUAUGUCGUCAGCUGGUAGCAGUGUGUGAUGAGAUUUUGACUGUCAGUCCAUUGCCUCUUCUUACACACACCACACAGCUGGAGAGUGUCGACCUGGUCCCAGCCUCACCAGGAGAUCAAGUGGGAAUUGAGAUCACCACCACAGGAUCCAGAAAUCAUUUUGUCACUGGAAUACCAACUGAGUUUCCAGCAGAGAUCUGCGAGAAGAUUUUAGAGGGGGAUGAAGUCAUUCAGGUCAACGGACAGAUAGUGGUUGGCUGGAGCAGAAAAAACCUUGUUAAAAAACUAGAAGAGAAUCCAGAUGGAGUCACUCUGGUUGUGAGGAGGCUUCCGGGAUUCCUGAAACGCAAGGAGAGCCGAGCCAAGUCUGAGAGAGAGGAGCCUGAGGAGGGAGAGGAGGAGAAAAGCAGACACUCUCUUUUGGGGAGGGUGGCAGCUUCCGUCCGCUCUCUAUCCUUCAGAUCAGCAACAGACAGCACACAUCAUUUCAGGCGGGAGAAAUCGGCUCUCGCUAAUGAUCAAAGCUCCAAUGAAUAUCAGUCAGGCACCCUAAAACGGCUUCAGCCAGGAACAGACUCUCCGCGUGCGAGUCGAAACAGUUUGGAAGUAAAAAUAUCUGCAGAAAGAAGUCCAUCCCCCCAGGAGCUGAACCGCUCCAGCACCAGCUCCUGUCCUGAUAUGGCAGGACUAAGAGAGGAAAAGGAGAAUAAGAAGAGCUCUACUAAAGGAAUGCGGACAGCGAUGAGCCGCAGGAGGGUGUCCUGUCGUGAACUCGGUCGUCCUGACUGUGACGGAUGGCUCUGGAAGAAGAGAAAAGAAGCAGGCGUCUUCAUGACUCAGAAAUGGCAGAGAUUUUGGUUCGUCCUGAAAGGUCCAACGCUGUAUUGGUAUAACAGCCAACAGGAGGAGAAGGCGGAGGGCUUAAUCAAGAUCGGCAGCUACAAUAUUGAGAGCGCAGGAGAGCACAAGAGGAAGUAUGUAUUUAAAAUGUGCCACCCGCGCUUCCAGAAUUUUUUCUUCGCUGCUGAUAACGUCACCGACAUGAGCAAAUGGAUAAAUUGCUUAAUCACAGCAAUUCAGAAACACAAGAAAUAUGCCCAGAGUCAGCCAGACAGUGAAGAAGACUGUUACAGUGAAACUGAGUCUGAGGAGGAAUCAUCACGCUCACCACUUCCUCAUCGGAAGAAACUUUAUACGAAAACUCAAACUCAAUCAAACACACUUCCUCGAACGAAAGUAAAGCAGAACAGGAUGUCAGAGCCGAUAACCAUUUCACAAGCAACGGGCAGUAAAAUUGCAGGAAAUGUAGAUGAGAUGGACGAAAUGUUCAACAGUAUAAAGAAAGGAGGAGUGACUCUGAUUGGACAGAAGCAGCCGAUGACUCACGACCAGCUCCGUAAAUCCUUCAUCAAACGCAACAAAAACCCGGUUAUCAAUGAGAAGAUCCACACACUCCGUGCCCUGCAGAGCACAUUGAAGGCAAAGGAGGCGGAGCUUCAUCUGAUCAACAGGAUCCUGGAGGAUUCCGAGUUCACACCGCAGAAGUAUCGUCAGUGGAAGCAGUUCAAUGAAGAGCUGCUGCAGGACAUCGAGAAACUGCACAAACUGAAAGACUCCCCCAGCACAGACACAGCGAACAAGGUGAGCGACGAGGCGAGAGCACUGAGUCUGAGUGAUGGAGAACAGCUGGUGGACGCAGAUGCUCCCGAUGAUGGAGACUCAACUCCUACAAAUGCACAGGUGCCCAUGCAAACGCAGAGCACAGACACAGACGAAACAUCUAUAGACAGCUACUUUUACAUAUGACACGUCUACAGAACUUGCGACAAUUAAAUGGGAACGUUUUCCUCCUGUGCUAUGGGGAAACGUAACUAAAACAGAACGUGCAACACUGGGAUAUGCGGACCUGAAUUGCAUAGUAAGAUCUCUCUUCUGGAGUUACUUUACACAUCUGCAAAUGAACAAAUCUACUUUAGGCACUUGCUAAGAACAUUGAUUAUGCUGAUGUAUGUAGUUUUAAAUAAUAUUUUAGAUGAAUUAUAUUGACAUGAUACAUGUUUGUUUUUACUUCAGGUGUGUAUGAGAGAUUUGCAUAAUUAGGAUUAUGCCUUCGGUAUGUUCUGAUAUGAUAGACAACAAGAAAGUAUUCCUUUUAUACAUAUAUUCUAUUACUUUUAUAUCAGUGGGCUCAAUUUACAGCUGGUAUUAAAAGAUGCAUUUUUGUGUAUUGGAUCACAAGUAGACGACUCUGAAUAUAAGUGCAAAUGGGGACUGAAGCAUUUUGAGCUUGUCAACUGUUGAGCACUUCUGGAAGAUGUUGAAAACUGGAGUGCGUUCAUGUGUUCAAUCCUAUCAAAAGGGCUCCUAUUUUAUCCCUUUUUCAAGAUUUAAGAGAAGUCUUUUGUAUCUCCAGAAUGUGUCUGUAAAGGUACAGCUCAAAACACCCAUGAGAUUAUUUAUUAGACCUUUCAGAAUGCUGGAUUUUCUGCUCUGAACACAAUGUAGCUGUUUUUGUUUCCCGUGCCUUUAAUGCUGGUUCUCCCCACCCACCGUUCCCACAUGCCUGUCAGAGUGUGCCUCAAUCUCCGCCUCGGCUGUGUCAGAUAAACAGCACAAUGAUAGACAGGAAGGAAGCAGAUCUCACGUAACGUUUGUGAGAAAUACUACAGUAAGAACUUUCCCAAUGAUUAUUCGAUGUAUUUGUUGUGGAGAUAAUUAGUUGACGAGAACAAUGAAUCACACACAAUGUCGUUACAAAGUUUACACACGCACACACAACGCACACGUUUAACUUUGCAUUGUUUUUGCACGCAAAUGUGACAGGAUACACUUUAAUAUCCACUGCUGUAUGUAUAUCCGUUAUGUUAAUGUACAAAAUAAACCUGAUUUAACAUCGACAAUCCAGAUUGAAGCGUCUUCUUUUAUAAUUAUACUGACAUGCGGCUGUGCUGAUAAAGUAAAGACUUUUUUUAAACAAAGUAAAGAAAUUGCAAACAUGCACUGUGUUAAAAACGUUUUAAACAUAUAAAACUCAUUCUUGAUCACAUUUGAAGAUGAUUUUUUGAUCCAAGUUGCGUUGCGCACACUCCUACAUCAAGUUGCGGUGGGCCUCAAAAUGGGAGGGAUUUGGAUCCUAUUUUAAAGUCCAAAAAUGUGAAAAAAAAAAAAAAAA